AUGACACAAUCAAGACAUAAUAUAUUCUCAUCACCUCAAAAAGUUCUCUUCGGCCAAUCCCCAACCUCCACUCCUUUGGCUGCAGGCAACGAUUGGCCUGAUUUCUGUUCCAACAGUUUUAAUUUUUACUUUGAAAUAAUUAUACACUCAUUGGACGUUGCAGAGAGGGUCCAUGUACACAAGCUCCAGCUCCUUCCAGUACUAACAACUUCAGAUUCCACCAGUGCUUAUGUGCAUCAGCUCACUUUAAGGAACAUAAUCGGGCCGUCUGUGCAAGCUGGGCUGAUGAAGCAAGGUCAUGGAAGAACUCAAGGAGGUGCAGGGAGAGGAGAGGACUGA